ACAGACAGACGAUGCGCGGACCUCGCGCGUGCCCAUCACAUGAGGACACGGCAAUGACGUACUUCAACAAAACAUGUCAACAAGGAUAAGGUAUUUCACUCAUUUAUCUACGGAGUAUUGACUCACACGCGUUCCCUCAUUGGAGUUUGACCCAGAGCUGUCUAACUUCAUCAACAGCCGCGAAUCGAAACUCCGAGCGCCCAGUUCAGAAGGAGAGCACGAUGCGGCCGGAUCGGAUAACGUACGCUUGCGUUUUAGGGCUUUGCGUCUUAGGUAUUUUAGAGGCAAAGUCAUGGGAGCAUAUAAAGUCCGUGGACGAGUUCAUUCAGAAUAUCAUUAAGUGUAAGGGAAUACCAGGACUUUCAAUAGCCAUUGUAAAGGAUGGUGAGACCAUUAUCUCUAAAGGAUACGGGUAUGCAGACUUGGAGGCUGAACUUCCAGUUACAAGCGGGACCAAAUUUUGUGUGGCGUCGUUGACCAAAGCGUUCACUUCUACUCUGUUGGCUGAUCUGCUUCACGAGAGGGGGCUUAACUGGGAUACACCAAUCAGAACCAUCCUUGGCCCAGAAUUCUAUAUUCAUGAUGACUACCGGACCCUCCAUAUGUCACCACGUGACAUCCUCUCACACAAGGCAGGCUUUCCGGCCUACAACGGCAUGUGGCAGACAAGUUCUAUGACACCAGAAGAAAUCUUAAAACAUCUACCAUUCAUCAAAGAAAAGUACGGAUUCCGCACUAAGUUCACCUACAGUAACGUCCUCCUCAUACUGGCCGGGUUGGUGGCAGAGAAACUGGGUGGCGGCCGCUGGGCGGACCUGGUCAGAAAACGCCUCCUCGACCCACUCAACAUGACGCAAACGACCUUUGCUGGAGAAGCAGGCGAAGGGGAAGGCUUCGCGAGGCCUUACAAGGCACAUGAGGGUGGUACGCUUGAAGCCAGGCCCUGGGUCGCAGUCAGGCAAAUCUCCAGUACGUUUUCGGCAGCUAGUAUCUGCAGCACAUCCGAAGACAUGGCGAAAUGGAUGGAAUUCCACAUGCGCGGGGCUGACAAUGUUCCGUACGCGACACUAUUGAAGGAAGUGUACGAGCCCCAAGUCGUGCUGCCGCCAGAGUGGAAUAGUGACAUGGUGAAACCUACGUUUGACAUGGAUUAUUACUACGACUACGGGCUCGGAUGGUUCACGGGGAGAUACAGAGGUUACGAAGUCCUUCACCAUUACGGGUUUAUAUACGAUUACUUCAGCAGCAUGCACAUUCUCCCCUAUCACAAAUAUGGCGUCUUCACGAGCAUAAACGGUGCUGCCAAACCAAAACAAAUGGGCUUUUUUACCUCCCUAGUAAACUUCUACAUAAUGGACCUUCUUCUGAGGGAGAAAAGUUUCACGACUCCAGAGGGAAUCUGCGGUUACGACCCCUUCGGGCUUGACGCAAUUGACCAAACUGCAAAUUACGGCGGUGGCAUCAUAGCCCGGCCGUUUUUCCGGCGGAACCUGUCACCGUACGUCGGAACGUAUGGCAAUAACGUAUUCGGUAACCUGACCGUAUUCUUAAACCAUACAACAUACACACUUCACGCAAUUUAUGGCAAAUACGGACGUCUUCUGAUAGAUUUAUUCCAAGAUGACGAAUUCAGCACAGAGUCUGAAUUAGACUGGACGCUUUUUUGUGAAGGCUUUGAAAACUUCGGGAAGUUUACAUUCAAGAAAGACGGGACUGUCGACGCAAUUUCAUUGCCAUGUAUAGAGCCGCAGGAUCCGCCAGUAUUUCAUCGGGACCAUCGCCUGCCAGAGGUGGCCAACCCCAGUGACAAGGGGUCUCAGCUUCACGUGGCCUGCAUACAAUCCUCCUCGAACUCAUGGGACGCUGACAUAGACAGGACUUAGAGAAGAAUCUCGGCCAAGAAAGGAAGGAACGAGUCCAAGCUUAAAAGCAUGACAAUUCCUCUUACAAAAUCUACUUCAAACAACACUGCAAAGAUGUAGUUCUAGGUACAAAUGCAUGUGUCAUGCACAUAUUCCUUACCAAGGAGCUAUUAAAUAGAUAUAUUUCAGAAAUGA